AACAAAUUCCACCGACUCGUUGCCACCCACCCCACGCGAGGAAAUUACCCAGACUGAUCCUCCGUUGAGGCUGAUUGUGCCGAGAACGCGUAUGCGCUGGCGCUGGAUCUCCCUGUUGCUCCAUUCAACUGUUGGCCAGCCGGCAGAUUCCGAAUCGGCAGAUUCCGAAUCGGCUACGAGUUUGGUGAUCCCGCAGUUCGGAUUCCGGGUGGACCCAAACAUCAUUGAUCGGAUACCGCCAGAGGAAGAGACCCGGAACGUGUCGGAGCUGACAAAGAUUGCGUGUGAAAAGACAGCUCAAGUCCUUGCAAGCGCUACUUGCGGCCACUGGAUACUCAACAAGAGGUAUGUAGAUGGCGAAUAUUAUGUCGACGGAUCUCAUUGCGAGGAAGAUGAGGUUCCCAUAGAGGUUCAAUGCCUUGGUACUAUACAGCACAGUCAACAUUACAAUCGAAAUAGGAAGGAAUUGAUCGGACAAAAAACAAUCGGUAACAAGUUCAUUCAGCUAGACGAUUUUAUGAUAAUGUGCCCGAGCAUUCAGCGACUGCCGACCACUAUCCCAGAGCGUCUGACGGCGGAAACAGUACAGGGGAUUUGUCUUCAUUCCGAGGGUUGUAAGGCGAUUACCUGCACGAACAAAUCUCCUGGCUUGAAGAAGGUCUUGAACGCCAUGACGUGCUGGACCUGCGACAGUAAGCGGUUUCUGUGA